CACGUAAGCGUGAUAGGAAUAGGUGCGGGAGUUCUAGGGUUUUUGCGCUCUUGUAUGGCGGGGAAUGGGAGACCAUGAUGCGCGGCAGAGGAUUUUGAUGCGCGGUGGGCGCUGGCAUUGGCGCAAUGUAGGGCACAGGCAGGAGGUCUUGCCAGAUUUUGAGGCACAGCCUUAGAUUUUGGGCAGAGCGGCUGGGCAGUCUCGAUUUUCUUCCAUGUAAGUUCUCUCAAUGCUGCAGGCCUGACGCUUGCGCUGUGAUCGAUGGAAUUGUUUUGCUUCAUAGGGAUAAUUGUAAGGAUUUUGUGAUUAACGAGUUCGAGAAGAAGAGUGCCGCGUUGGUGGACUACCUCAACUCGUUAGAAUGCGCUUACGAGCGGCUGAGAUUGGAGGCCGAGAGGCAAAAGCUGGACUGCGAGCACAGAGAGGCUCAACUGAAACGAGAGAAGGCGGAGCUCAAGUAUAUGCUUGAAUCGGCCUUGGAAAGAGAUCGCAGGUUGGAGCAUGACAAGUGCGUUCUUCUCAACGAGAAAGAGCGGCUUUUGGAAAGAAUCCAGGAACUGGAAGCUAGGAUUGAUGAGUUGCAAGGAGAAAUGCAUAGCAGAGAAGAGCUUUACCAGUGCCGAAAGAAGAGAGACGAGAAGGCGAGAAGGAAACUCGACAUCGAGAACAAAGCUUUGAAGAAGAAGGCGACAGUGGGCUGGAUGCUCGGAAGCUUGUGUGGUAAGCACAUCCUGGGCAUGGUAACCAAGGGGAGGAUAAAAUACUUUGGGACAGUGGACGUGGUCGGGCGAGAGACGGUCUGCUGAUGGACUUCUGUCGAAACUUGCAGAGGUCUACCUCGAGGGCGGAGCAGACGGUGGAACUCUGCCAUUGAUCUUGAUGCUUCGGAAGCUACAGAAAGAUUUAGAACGCGAGACUGUCAGCUGCGACGCCGGCCUCAAAGUCAGUACAGAUUCUUUGAAGCGAGAAGUAAACAAGUUGUUGCGUAGUACCUCCGGAUCACGAUCACCACGAGUGGAAGUUAGAAUACAGGACCACCACUCUCGACCGGGGUCCCCAGAUGAUAUAGGAGACCACAGGAGGAAGCCGUGCAGAAGCGUGUCGCCGAAAGGCCGGAGUCCUUCGUGCACGAGAAGUCCGUUCUGCCCGAGGCCGCCAAGUCCCUUCUCACAGAGAACGCGGAGUCCGAUGGUAUCACCACGAAGCCCGGUGUCACCCAGAGACAAGAGCCCGAUGUCUCCCAGGGACAGAAGCCCGCUCUCGCAACGAUGCCGGAGCCCCUACUCGCCGCGAGCCAGGAGCAUGUCGCGGAGUCCAUCGCCGCUGUCGCCUUGCUCUCACAAAACCAAGUCCAGGUCCCCUUCACCUUGCACGACAUUGACAGUGAACUUUGAUUCCGAUAUGCCAGAAGAACCGGUCGGCCACUAUCGAUGCACGUCUCAACCGGGCGUCGGGCACGUUGACACGGUGGAGAUAUCGCGGGAGGAGUGUAGGAAGAAGAACUGGGCCGAGAUUAAAGUGAUCAAGGAACCGGACGAGGGAGGGACGGACAUAAAACACAUGCUUUCCAACAUCGAGGCCAACAUCAAUUACCUGCUGGAUUCGGAGAGGAAGAGGAGGUGGAGGGAGUCGCAGUUUAGGAACAUAGGCUACUCUCCUCGAUCAAGGACGGUAAGGGACUGCUGCAAGCCAAGAGUUAAGCAUUGAUGUGGAGAACAAAAGGAAAAACUCACGCUUGGGAUUUUCAGAAGAGGUGCGGUUGAGUUGAUCGUGAGAGAACACUUUUCGUUUUGUGACUUUGGGGAAGCGAGCUGUGGGGACACCCUCCAUUUGUGAAUUUUGAUUGUCUAGCAGUUACAGCAGCGGCAGCGAAAACCGCAGGUUGUUUUUUUUCUUCGUGAUGGAGAGCGUAGAAAAACAAAAAAAACACCAUCUUUUUUAUGGUUAGUUUAGGGUGGUUAAUUAAUAUUUACUUAGCUAGGCAAUUAAUAUAAAUGCAUACUUAUAAAA